GAAGCCAAAUUUUGGAAACUUUACAAGGAAGAUAAACCUUCUUGUGCAAUUGUUAUAAGAACUGCUGCUGGUUUAGUUCAUCUUCUUGCACAAUUGUUAGAACCUUUCAUGCCAUCAUUUUCUCGUGAGGUAUUUAAACAGCUAAAUUUGCCACUACAAUUUUCACUCUCUGACGAGGGAGGAGAGGUUUUAUUAGCAAGUAGACCGUGGGAGAUUCUGCCUCGCAAUCACAAGAUAGGCACCCCUCAACCAUUGUUCAAGGAAUUGACAGAUGAAGAAGUGCAACAGUACAAAGACAAGUUUGCUGGAAAUCAGGCUGAUAGACGUGCUAGGGAUGCAGAAGCCGCAAAUAUGGCGGCGGAUCAACUUAAGAAAACAAAACUUUCAAAUGCUAAAAAGCAAAAAGCAUGAAAAGGUGCAGCAACAUCCAAAACUCAACCGGCUGCUGAUCGUGAACUUACACUGGCAAGACUUGAUAUUCGAGUCGGUAAAAUUCUCAAGGCUGAGAAACAUCCUAACGCAGAUUCGCUGUAUGUGGAAGAAAUUGAUGUUGGAGGAGCUGAAACUCGGACUAUUGUUAGUGGAUUGGUCAAGUACAUACCUCUUGAGGAGAUGCAGAACCGUAUGGUUUGUGUUCUUUGCAACUUGAAACCGGCGAAAAUGAGGGAUGUUAUGUCACAAGGAAUGGUUCUUGCCGCUUCCAGUAGUGACGGCAGCAAGGUGGAGUUAGUCGAGCCCCCUGAAUCGGCUGAGAUUGGAGAGCGAGUUAGAUUUCAAGGGUUUGAAGGCGAGCCAGACGUUGUCUUAAAUCCGACGAAGAAAGUAUGGGAGACUCUUGUGGUGGAUCUGCACACAGAUGAGAAUCUAGUUGCUUGCUACAAAGAUUUACCCUUCACUACAGAUGCAGGUGUAUGCAAGGUUUCCUCCAUCAGCAAUGGCACGAUCCGGUAGAUCUCAUUUGAAAAAUUGGGAUUUUUUAUUAACAAACAUGUUUCUAUUGAACUAAUAACUUGUUUUCACCUUUGGUUAUUAAUUGAUGGUUUGAGAGAGAGUGUUAAUUUUUA